AUGCCAGUCGGUCGGAGGAGAGCAGCUUUGUUUGCUGCAGCCCUGUCUCUGCGGCUUCUACUUUUGGUUCUUUUUCCUUCGCUUCCAGAUCUGUUGACGGGACGAGUCGAGGUGUCUACACCGGUCAAUAGCUUCAAAAGACUUCAGGAAGGAAUUUUUCUCUACACGCGCAAUGUGUCUCCCUAUGACGGAGGAGUCUACCAUCAGGCACCCCUCCUACUGCCCAUCUUUUCCUUACUACCGAAUGCGCGAGACUUUCCUUUGCCAACUGCGCUUAUCUUCUCCGUGAUCGACCUUGUCAAUGCGAACGCGCUGAUUACCAUAUCGGAGUCUGAUCAGGCGGUCUCGGGAAGGUUAUAUACGGCGCUGCGCAAACAUAUCCGGUGGAGUGGAGUGGAGAUUGCAGCAUGGUUUUUGUUCAAUCCUUUCACCAUCGCGACAUGUCUAGGCCGGUCCACCAGUGUCUUGACUACCACUGGGAUCCUGUACGCUCUGUCCAAUGCUGCCAAUGGGAAUAGUCUGAAUGCCAUGCUAGCGCUUGGAUUUGCAUCGUACCUGUCGAUAUACCCAGGUCUCUUAUUUAUUCCACUGGUGCUCUUGUGUUACGAUCGACAUGCUCAGAACGCCAAAUCUCCCUUGGGAAUGGCCAUAUUUGCAAUGCAGCAUUUCGGCAUUUUCCUUUGCAGUGUCACCGGUCUACUUGCGGUCUCGUGCUUGAUCAUAGGUGAUUUUUAUGAGUUUGUUUCUGCGACGUACGGGUUCCAAUUGCUCGUUCCUGAUCUCACCCCCAAUGUCGGUCUUUGGUGGUACUUCUUUAUCGAGAUAUUCGACUCCUUCCGGGAGUUCUUCCUCGGCGUUUUCUGGCUUCAUCUAGCGUCAUAUGUUGGAAGCCUGUCUAUACGGCUACGACGUCAGCCUUUGUUCAUCAUCACCUCCCUCUUGGGAGUGUUUGCUAUCUUCAAACCUUAUCCCAGCAUCUCCGAUGCCUCGCUGUAUCUUGCUCUUCUCCCACUUUAUCGGCAUCUUUUUCCUUUGAUGCGAUAUACUUUUUUUUCCAUUUCGGCAUUGCUGUACGCCGCUCUUCUCGGUCCAGCAUUCUACCAUCUCUGGAUCUACGCAGGUUCCGGAAACGCCAAUUUUUUCUACGCAAUCACCCUGGUAUGGAGCCUGGGUCUCUCGAUCUUACUCGCCGACACCAUCUUCGCUGCUCUCAGAGAAGAGUGGGAGCAAGAGCACCCCGAGGUGCGGGACAAAGACGUGAAACAAGUUUAG